ACACAUAGAUAUCAUUGUUAUAUCAAACCUCUUGAAGCAUUGGAAGGUGAAGAUUCCAGGAAAAGAAGGCGGACCGCUUCUUCAUCAUGCAGGGCUUGUUCAAGCUUUAUCAGAUCAUUUUCUGUUUUUUCCUACUUUCAAUUUCCCAUUGUGUCAUUGAGCUCUAACAUAUUAUUAUGGAAGAAAAAAUAAUGUAUAAUUGGAAUUAUUUAUAAUAAAAACGAAAUAUGAAAUGAAAAAACCUUGUUACUGUACCACAGAUUCUCAAAUGACACUUUAAGCUUGUUGGCCUUUGCUUCUGCUUCAUUCAUUCUGACUUGUAGCUUUUCUAGCAACAUCUUCUUCUCUUGUACCUCUUCUAUGGAUUUUCUAGAAAAUACUCCAAGGGAUAUGUGUGUGUGUCCACACAAUAAUCAAUGGAAUUAUGCGUAUUAGUGAACGAACUGAGAUUUCUUGAUGAAGCUCGUCAACAUUCGAUGCAGAAGAUGCAUUUGCUUCAGCACCGUAUGCAUGAGAGCCAGAAGAUGCAUCGACCAGGAAAAAAUUGAUAAAGAGAUAGAUAAUCUAAUUUGGACUUACAUUUGAUAUCCAUCUAAAGUGUGAACCUCCUUCAAAUUCAGGAUCCUUUGCUGAAAAGCAACUGCUUUUCCCAUUUCAUAAUCUCUAACAAGAACUUGCUUCUUAGCAUCACCCUGGAAGCUUGAUUCCCAGACUCAAAGUUGCUACUUGUCAUUUUUAUGUCUAAGCAAUAAGCAUGCAAAAUAUAUCCGAAACUUUUGUAGUACCAAACAUGAUUGUUACACAUAACUUGUCAUGUGUUUUCUUCAUAGUUUUGUUUCUAUAUUUAUGUUGUUUAAUGGUAAAACUAAUUAGCUUGCAUGAAUAUACAGAUAUAUGCUGUCUCCAUAACCAUAAGGACAGUGCUUGGUUUCGUGCUCCUAGCUUUGAUAUGGGAAUAUAACUUCCCACCUUUCAUGGUUCUGAUAAUUACAAUACUGAAUGAUGGGACCAUCAUGACGAUUUCAAAGGACCGGGUAAAGCCAUCUCCAAUGCCUGAAAGUUGGAAGUUGAAUGAAAUAUUUGAGACCAGCACUUUCAUUGGCACAUAUCUUGCUUUGGUUACCGUCUUAAAAGGAUGGAUAACUUUCUUUUCCGUGCCAUUUCUUAGUGUGAUUGCAAAUUUUUGAUAGAGAGAACUAUGUAUUGAGCUUUGGAUAUUUAAGCCUUGAUUGGCAGAGAUUUUAUGUUUUGUUAGGUGACUCCUAGAAAAUAAUGGUACUUGACACAUUUUUAUAUUAAAAGCUUAUGUGUCUCAUAUUAUUUGGAGUUAAGAUCAUUUCACUAUAUUGCCAAAAGCA